AUGAGGUGGGAGAACCAGAGCAGCGUGUCCGAGUUCCUCCUCCUGGGGCUCCCCAUCCGUCCAGAGCAGCGGGGCCUGUUCUUCGCCCUGUUCCUGGGCAUGUACCUGACCACGGUGCUGGGGAACCUGCUCAUCAUCCUGCUCAUCAGGCUGGACUCGCGCCUCCACACCCCCAUGUACUUCUUCCUCAGCCACUUGGCCCUCACUGAUGUCUCCUUCUCAUCUGUCACUGUCCCAAAGCUGCUGUGGAACAUGCACACUCAGGACCUGUCAAUCUCCUAUCCAGGGUGUAUCUCUCAGAUGUAUUUUUAUUUGGUUUGUGGUUGUGUGGACAAUCUGCUUCUUGCAGUGAUGGCCUAUGACAGGUAUGUGGCCAUCUGUCACCCCCUCCACUACACCAUCAUGAUGAGGGAGGAGCUGUGCCUGCUGCUGGUGGCGGGCUCCUGGGUCAUCUCCUGUGGCAGUGCCUUGUCCCACACUGUUCUCCUGACUGAGCUGCUCCUCCCUAAGAACCAGAGCAGCAUGUCCGAGUUCCUCCUCCUGGGGCUCCCCAUCCGUCCAGGGCAGUGGGGCCUGUUCUUUGCCCUGUUCCUGGGCAUGUACCUGACCACGGUGCUGGGGAACCUGCUCAUCAUCCUGCUCAUCAGGCUGGACUCGCGCCUCCACACCCCCAUGUACUUCUUCCUCAGCCAACUGGCCUUCAAUGAUAUGUGUUUAUCAUCUGUCACUGUCCCUAAGAUGUUGAUGAACAUGCAGGCUGAUCACAAGUCCAUCCCCUAUUCAGAGUGCGUUUCCCAGACAUAUUUUUUCAUAUUGUUUGGUUGUCUUGACAAUUUCCUUCUUGCAGUGAUGGCCUAUGACAGGUACGUGGCCAUCUGUCAGCCCCUCCACUACACCACUGUCAUGAGGCAGGAGCUGUGUGUCUCCUUAGUAGCUGGGUCCUGGCUUUUCUGCCUUUUCCACUCUCUCUUGAACACCAUCCUCUUUACCCGAUUGUCCUUCUGUGCUGACAACACCAUUCCCCACUUCUUCUGUGAUCUCUCUACACUCCUGAAGAUGAGCUGCUCAGAUGUCUCACUCAAUAUGUUGGUCAUCUUCAUCGAGGGAGGGAUGAUUAUCAUUGUACCUCUGAGUGGCAUCUUGGGCUCCUAUAUCCGGAUUUGGACCACCGUCCUGAGAGACCCCUCUGCUAAGAAAUUCCUCAAAGUCCUCUCUACCUGUGGCUCCCACCUCCUCGUUGUGUCUUUAUACUAUGGGACUAUUGCAGAAGUUUAUUUUUUCUCCUCCUCAUCCACCUCCAAUAAUAAAAACAUACUUGCCUCUGUGAUGUAUAUGAUAGUCACCCCCAUGCUGAACCCUUUUAUCUACAGCCUGAGAAACAGAGACAUGAAACGUGCCCUGGAAACACUUGUUAAUAGGGCUAAGUUCCUUAUGUCAAAAGACUCGAUCUGA